GGGAACAAGUAAUUGAACAAUGGAUUUUAACCUCAAAAUUAAGAAUCAAAAAUCUAAUUGAAAGUGACCUAACGAAUGUAAUGUACAUGUCUGUGUACAAAGUACUACAACAGCCUUUAGGAUUUCAAUUAAUCGAUGAGGAUUUUAAACAAAUGCAUCAAAAUAAAAGUGAUGCCUUGAACAACGAGUGGGACUCUUUUGAAAAAGAAAUAAUAGGUUGCGCGAAAACUAGAAAAAGUUCUGAAAUAUCUGCUUUGCUUGCCGUGUACAAUUUGAUCAACGAUGAUACUGAUGCUUCAGUGGCUGUCAUCUUUAGACUAAUCCCUUUACUUCUACCUACUUUAAACGUAAGAGGAUCGUCUAAAAAACGGGUGUGGAAAUUAAGUAAACCAGAAGUUCAAGACGCUUUUGUAAUGCACAUUACUGUAAUAAUAUUUUUAAUAAUAUUAAUAUAUUUUUUUUCAUAUGUAUUUAAAAUUUAUAAAAUGUUUAAGUUUUCAUUUAAUAAAUUUCAUUUACUUUUUACAGAAUAUAACUCAAUUACAAGGCAGAUUGGAAAAUCGUCGUAAGAAACUCGAAAUGCAUGGUCUUACCGAGCAACCAUUACUUGUUCUUGUUGGCGAAACGUUACUUCAAAUAACUGCAUCGUAUGUAUGUAUAAAUGAUAUACGAUAUCAUUUUGACUCACCAAAGAAAGCUUUCGACAUCACAUUCAAAAGUUUUUAUGCUUUGCAAUUAAACUACCCAAAGGAAGCAGAAAAUUGUUGGUUAGUAAUUCAGAAUAGAAUUUAUAGUAUAAUCGACAGAACUGAAGAUUCUUUAGGAGAAUCUGUUUUGACUCUGCUCGGAGACAUGCGAAACCGUGGUACAUUAAACAUU